CCUCGUUCCAGGAGUUAAUCGACGAAAGUCGUCUGCGACCCAUCCAGGGUAUACGAAUUCUAGGUCUCAGUUUACUGUCGCUGCCAGGCCCCGAGAAGAUGGGAGUGGAGCAGAUAUGGUCGCUGGACAACCCGGUGUUCAAAGCCUUCAUCAGCUAUGGUGUGGUCGUUGUAGUGAAGACGAUGGCGAUGAGUGUUUUGACUGCCCGUCAGCGCUUUGCGCACAAGGCUUUCGUCAACCCCGAGGACACGGCUUCGAUGAAAGAUAAAGAAGGGGGCCGACUGAAGGUAACUGCGCACGAUGCAGUAGAGAGGGUGAGAAGGUGUCAUCUCAACGACCUCGAGAACGUCAUCCCCUUUUUCCUGAUUGGUCUGCUGUAUGUGUCGACAUCACCUGACCUGAGCACAGCUCUGCUGCACUUCCGGGUCUUCACGGGGGCGCGGCUGUUCCACUCAGUGGCCUACCUCCUGCCGUUACCGCAGCCGUCACGUGCUCUCGGCUUUUUCGCUGGCUACGUCACAACUUUAUCCAUGGCUUACCGCGCCAUCGCCGCCACUGGCUUCUUUUUCUAAAGCGAGUCUGCAGAAAAGAUAAACUAAUUUUUUUUUUAUUAUUAAAGAUAAAAUAUCUCAAAAAACGGAAAUGUUAUAGACCGAAAACGAUGAGCAUCCCCUAAAUGGCGAAGAAUAAGGCGAGAGAGGAACAACUAAGAAGAGAAAAAUGCAGAUUAUUUUAUUUUUCAUUACAGAAUUUUUAUAAAGUUUUUUCCUGUAUAAGCAAUUACAAAUAUUUAUGCUUUAGUAUAUACUAUUUAAGAAUAUUAUGUUUGAUGCGUAAAGAAUAUAAUCAUUCAUUUAAUGAGUGACAUCGUCUUAAUGGCAUUAGAUAGAUGUGUUUGCUGCGUUUUUCUCCUACAAUUAAAGUAUUUUGUUUGAGAAAAUGUU